AAUAUAAUAAAAAAGUAUUAAAAUAAACUAUGUACACAUGUGAUAGUGAAAGCGAUCGACGACGUUCGGCAAAGUAUGCGGCGACAUAGUCGACGAGAACAUGCGAGAGCCAACAAAAGACAGACAAAGGGCCAAUCGAGGUCAAAAGCAAAAGGUGGUGACUUUAACAGUUGUCACCACUAUAGCGAGGCAGUCUGGUUUUGGAUCCCUGACAAUGAUGACGUUUAAUGAUAGUUUAUUUAGCAAAUGAAGCCGGCUAGUGUGAAUACGCGAAGACCAAACUAAUACAAUUUAUAUUACAAGCAAUUUAAUAACAUUUCGACUACAAAUACUGGGUCAUGUUCAAAAUUCUUUCAAAAAAAAAAAAAAUAAAAUUAUUAACGAGUUUCUUUCUCGUGCAAAAAGUGAGUCACCUGUAGAAUACGUAAUAAAUGUCAUUCAUCUCUAUCAUCUUUAAAUUUCAUCCAUCUUAUAGUAUGUUAUAUUAAAUUCAGAGAAAUUCGAAGACAUUAAUCUAAAUAUAAAGUCGUAAUUCCAUCUAGGAAUGCUUCUCGUCGUACAUUCUUGUUGCAAUAAUCUUCCAGAUGAGCCGAAUUUUCAUAAAAUAUUUACUGUUUGUUGCAGUAUAAUGAACAACAACAGUGUCGAGCAGCCAGAUCCCGACAACAUAAAAAUGUUCGUUGGCCAGGUGCCACACGACAUGGAUGAAAAUGACCUGAGGAAGCUGUUCGAAGAGUUCGGUCGAGUGCAUCAGAUAAACAUCCUGCGGGACAAGAUCACCGGGAGUCACAGAGGAUGUUGCUUCGUAACGUUUUACACGAGGAAGGCAGCCCUGGACGCGCAGAAUGCUCUGCACAACGUCAAGACUUUCAGCGGGGUACGUAGAACAACUUCGUUUUACCUGGGAAAAGUUUAUCUUCCGAUAACCUCGUUAAUAAUUUUACUAGCACGCGAUACUAUCCAAUUAUUAAAAUUUUACAAUCGAGCGCCUAAAAUCUGUAUCUUGUAUAUUUAA